AUGUCUGCUCCGUCCGCACCUGUGGUUCCUCCGCGACCCUCCCGCUCCCCGAACCCUCAAAACCACGCAAGCACGUCGAGCUCAACCGCGAUGGAUGUGCCAAAAGUGCCUCCGCGUCCGGGAAGCCGCCGCCUUGAGCGAUCUCAAUCGCCGCAUCGCGCUAGCUUUGCCCGCUCUCCCUUGCACGAUUCGCCUUUUGUGGGCCGCGUUCCACAUGAGCGCCAAGAGAGUGCUCCGCGUCGACCCCCGAGCAUCUCGAUGCCAUCCAUUGGCCAAGAAGGCAUUGAAUACACAUCCGCCCUCUACAAUCCUGAGGAGCAAGAUGGUACUCCGUCAACCGCCAACGCAUCUGGUCCAAACUCUCCUCCAAAGGUUGGAAACAUUCGUCAAGACCUUCCGCUCUACGCCCCGAAGGCGUCGCACCCAGAAGUCAAUGAAAAGGCGAGAGUUGCCGCCGUCACCAGAACCGACUCAGCCCAGGCUGCCGCAGCCGGCAUUGGCCGAGCCGCUCCUACUGAGGAUGACAAGGAGCGUCAAGCGCGUCCGAUAUUCAAGCGCAUCAGCUUCUCGAGGCCAGAGUCCGUCUCGACAGAGCGGCCUUACUCAACCCGACCUGAAGAUGAAGAUUCGGAAGGCCAAGGCGUUCGAGUCCCCAUGUAUCCCAAUGCGGGCUUCGUCCAGGCUCCGUCUCCAGCGCCGCAGUCGUCUGGCCACGGCACUCCUGAAGGGUCGCAGCGACCCUCAAGACACCACGGCCGGACUCGCAGUGGCCGGGAAUUCUUUCACGGUCCUCCCGGUAGCUACGGCCUCCACGGCCAUGGCGUGACCCCAAAGGAUAAGUUCGAAAAGGCCUGGUAUGAGAAGCAUCCCGACGAGCUGGAGCACGAAAUGCACGGAGAAUACGGUCCCGGUAUUGGAGUCCGAAAGGACUGGGUCUUGUCUAGUAACGAUCUCAACAAGCUCGUCCACGAAACGGCUAGCAGAGGUGCCGGCUAUGGUACUUCUCCGGAUGUUAUCGGCACACCAGACGAGCAGAUUGGUUAUGCUGCGUCAGACGAAUACACGGCUCGUCUUUCCUCGUCGCGCUCACAAUCUCGAUCGCGGAUUUCAAAGUCCCGAACUGGCAGCAUCCAACCAUCAGUCGAGUCACCGUUGAGGAAAAUGAGCUUCCCCGCCAAUCAGGCCAAGGCUGAAGAGGAGCCAAAGGAGCCAGGGGCUGGUGACCAUGCGCUGGAGAGCGAGGCAGACGACGAUGAGGUCAUUCACAUUGACCCCCCAACCCGCCGUGGCAGCAAGGUGGAUCAUCAUCAUCAUCACCACCACCACCAUCACCCUCACAAUCAAUCCACCGACGACCUUGGUGAGCAGGGCGAGGAAGAAGAGGGCGCAUGGCCUGAUGAGCGUGGCGUCGAUACCCCUAUUCUCGCAUCAGACGAGUUAGCCAAGGAUAAUCAUGCCGAGUUCUUACAACCGGCAGUGUCUCCUCAAGAGCGUCGCGGAAGUAAUUAUUUCGGCCAGGAGCUCGAGAAUGGAUUUUACUCAAAGCACACGAGUCGUGGAUCUAGUAUCGCUGGAAGCCGACCAACGAGCAGGCCUGGAAGCAUCUACAAUCUCGCGCCUGGAUUCGGACGACAUUCAUCCGUGGACGACCGGGAGCUGGAAGACGUGGAAGAAUACGAGCCGCUCUUCCCCGAGGAGGAUGAAAAGACUGGACAAAAGAAGCCCAUAACGUUGGUGGACAAGCUGAAGCGUCCUGCCACCAUCCGUCACAAGUUCCCCAGUCAAGAUGUUUGGGAAGACGCUCCAAACAGUUUGAAGCUCGAGACUACCGUCUCUACGCCUGAAGCUCCUUCUAAUGAAUCUCCUGUUGACCAACAACCCCCCAACAAGGAAGAGCCCACGACAGCGCCAGAGGAUCGCAACGGUGGCUACCACGUCGAUAUCUUGCCUCAAGUGACCAGGCAUCUUUCGAAGCCGAAAGUAGCCCCACAUCUCCGCAAUGAGGUAUCUCGGCCUCACAUCGCUCAUCGGUUCCCUAGUCAUGACAUUUGGGAAGAUGCGCCCGACAGUCUACAGCUCCAAACCACCGUCUCGACCCCUGAAGUCCCAGAUACGGAGAGCCCAAUCGACAAGGAGACCCGGGACUCGGCAGAAAAACCUGCGAAGCCUCCUAUUCCUGCACGCCCAGCAAAGGGAGCUGCAGCACCGGAAGCAGACAAGGGCGACGCAGCACAGGUGCCGGCAACAAUUCCAAGCCGUCCACCGCAGCGGCUGCGCCAGGUGCCGCCAGCGGAGAUUCCGCCAUCGCCGGCCCCAGCUUCGGAGAGCCAUGCACACCAAGUGGAAAGGAACGUUCCAUUGCCGGCCCAUGAAACGCACACGUCAGAGCGAAAGGCUCCAACGCUACCAGACAGGCCCAAGCCUCAAAUCCCUGCCCGCCCUGUGAGACCCACGGCGAAGGACAAUGCUUCGAUUGUCGCCGAGCACCUUGCUGCGAAACCCAAACCGGCUGUGCCUGGUCGGCCUCAGGGCUCCAAAAUUUCCAGCCUCAAGGCUGGAUUCCUGUCGGACCUCAACAAGUCGCUUCAGCUUGGACCGACCCGGCCCAAGUCGCCGGAGAAGUCUAACGAAGAGGCUGCCAAGGAAGAAGAAAAGGAGCCGGCUCCUUUGUCAGAUGCUCGUAAAGGUCGUGCUCGUGGGCCCGCGCGAAGAAAGCCUGCUACUGCCGCUGCCGCCGGCGCCGGCCCCGCCGAUGCAACUACGGCUGAGACUGCAAAGAAUGGCGCCAAAUUUGAGAUUGCCUUGCCAUGGAAGGUGUGGGAGGUCUCCGAGGACGGGCAUGUCAAUGUAAACUCUCCGGAGCCAGCGCCUGUGACACCCCCAGAGCGUGCCGAUUUGAAAGCAACAAAGGACGAGACGCCUACGCUAGCGACAAACACUGAGGGAGAUUUUGUACACCGACGUGAAGAGAUUUCUCCAGGUGCUUCUCGAGCCUCCCAUAUUCGAGACACGAAGCAAGACGAGCACCAAGCCAGCGAGGAGCUUGCAGAGAGACAUGAUCUUGCCACACAUGUCAGCAACCAGCUCGCCGCAACCGAGUUUGUCCCCAAGGCCAGCGACGAUCCAUUGUACGCUGGUGAAACGACCAAGUCUCAAGUUUUCCUCGAUACGACUGAGAGGAACGAGGCUGAUGUGACGCCCGAAGAUCCAGAGUUUGUUGCAGCAAAACGAGCCAAUCUCAUAGACACCGAGGUCCGAAGUCCCGAGGCAGUUGCGGCUGCUAGCGAGACUGCCAGCCCGGGCGUCACUGCUCCCAGAAAAUUUAGCACCCUGACCAACGAGACCGAUCAGACGGGAGAGCAUAACACCAUCACGAUCACCAGCGCUGAUGGCGAUGACUCCCCGGCUGACAAGGAAAAGCCCGUGGCGUAA